CGAUCAUAAAUGGUUUUAUGCUGCAUUUAUGCCGGAAAACUGGGAAAACCAACUGAGUGCCUACUAUUAUGAAGGCGCAUUUAACUGCGACAUCGUAGACCUCAUUAUUUAUGCAUUAACCAACCUUACAGAGAAAGCCUGCAAAGUGAUUACAGUAGCCUCUGAUAAGGUGGCCUUCACACACGAUAUCACACCCAACAGGGAGGAGAAUAAAUGUCUCCAACCUGGCCUCAUGUUCAUGCUCAAAGACUUGCACUAUGAGCCCCUGGUUAAAAUAGUAAGUGAAUCCAUAUUUUUUUGUGAAUAAGAAGAUUUUCUGAUGUGAAAUUCCUUACCGAGCUCUUUCUUAAUGCUCUGGUAGAUGAGUUACCAUUUCCCAAAAGUCCUGAUGUUUCCACUUGAGGGAAACAAAUCUAACUGUUUCCCCACUUUCACUUCAACAGUAGUAACCGAAGCAAUAGCCGGAAUGAAUCAAAACAGUUGAGACCUGGUACUUUUUUCCUUUUAUUAUCUGCAUCUUUUUCCCCCACUAGCUGCUGUUUCUCUUCUGGGAUAACAUUGAAAAUCGCUGCUCUUUAGCUUGAGGCUUCAUAUUUGUGUUGUUGUGUUCAUUCACAAAAAAGAAAACUGGCGUUGUUUUUUGCGCUUUCUGUCACACCACUUUCCACCAUGCUUUGAUCACAUGCUGUAAUGUAGCCUAGCCUGAGCGGGGUACAAUAAAUAAUAAUUUUAUUGCUCAAAUGUAUCAUGAUCGGGAUACAUUUGAUUUUAGUCAAGGCCAUGUGACCAAGAAUAAACCAAUGGCAGUCGUUGUUUAGUUGAGAGAAAGUUUAGGAAUAUAACAAAUGGUCUUAUUCGCAAUCCAUACCUGAGAGAUGGGAAAGCCAGUCAGGCAUGGACUAUUUUCAUGGCAGAUUAAAUAUGCCAUGAAUAUCCUAAGCACUUGACUGGGUUAAAUUUUAACAACAACAUUGUGUGUUUAUUUAUUUAUUUAUUAAAUUUAUUUAUUUAACAUAAUUCAACAUACAAUGUAACAUAACAAUAAACUUUAUAAUAACAGGGCAAAAAAGGAGGCAAAACAGUAAAAUAAAAAGACAGCGAAAUACAAAAGUUCAACAGUUUAACAACAACAACUGAAAACGAGAAAACAUCCACUUUUGUCCACAGUGAUUUUCAUAAUAUCAGCGUUUAGGGAAGGCUUAAAGAAUAUCAUUAUGUCUUUACUGUGUAGGGAACCAUGCGCAAACAGGAUUUCACUGCCCCAUACUGCACGCCACACAUUCUCUAAGCUAGGAUCGCUAUAGGUUUCUUGUAAAAACAAUUAUGUAGAAUCUAUUCAGAUGGAGCCACCGAAAGAGCUUUCUCCAUUAAUGCACAAAUAAUGCAUAAAUCACUAAGUCUUGUAGUGAGUUACUUAUUUAUGCAUUAUUUGUUCGUUAUGUCAUUCCCCAUUUAUGCCUAAGAUUAUUAAUUCUAUUUUCAGUGUCUGCUACCAAUUACAAAUCUACAGAUCAGUUUCUGUUUUGUUAUGUUAGCUCAUUUUCAUUUCAAUACAAUUUCUUUUCCAUGCCUCAAAUAGCAUUUCUUUGCUAAUUUGCGGGGCAAUUGUAUUUAGGUUUAAAGUUUCUGUUGGUUUGAAUUUAAAAUGAAAAAAAAGCGUCAGUUAAUUGGCGACUACUGUUUUUAUGGUGCGUUUUAAAAAUGUACCAUCAACACAGUGGUCUCCAACUGGUUUGAUUUAACAGUCACAUUGUGGAUUUAACCAGCAUCAAUAAGUACUACAUGGUGCUAUUUAUACCCAUGAGUGUAAAAUAAUAUUUAUGAGCAUAAGAAUUGCACAGAUGAAGACAGCCUUGGCAUAAGCAUAAGUGUAAAUACAAGCUAGAGCUUUGUAUUCUUUUUAUGUUUAAUUGGUAGACAUUUGCAUCCUCACCAGUGCAAAAGCUUCUCCUGCUCAUGAUCAUUCUUAUGCUUAUUCAUUAUUCCUGUGCUUAUGAUAACAUUGCAUUAAGUAAGGAGGGCUUUAAACUCUUAAUACGACAGUUAAAGUCAUAGUCUUUUCUCUACUUUCAGGAACAGCAUCAAAGUUAUCAUGAAACGCUAGAGACUUGGGCAGCUUGCCCAAAUGAAGUGCUUACAUCAAAGGCAAAAGGUAUUGAAAAUUUAAAAGAGAAAUUGAUUGAUCUGAGGAAUGCAAAGACUAUGGCAGAUGAGAAGAUGAAAAGAUACAACUUCAAGCACUAUGCAAAUUUUGAAAUUUGUGAGGCACUUGAAGUUGUAUCAUUGAUCUUAAAAGAUCAUUGAAGAUAGAUAAGUUCUCAUGGCAUCUUAUACAAGACCGUCUAUGUUCAGUUCUCCUAGAACAGUUAAGGUUUCCUGUUAACAUGUGCAUUGUUUUGGAAUGGGUGUCAGGGGCGUAGCCAGCAAUUUGGCAUACAGGGUUUCUUAGGAUGGUGUUGUUGCAAGAGGCAUUGGUUGCGGGUGCAUGUCCUCACAUGUCGAUUUCUUGAUUCUGGCCACAAAUUUCUAAUAGUGUCAGUGUCAAAUGUAGCUGGAAUUUCGAAGAGGUAGUUGCAGAUCACUGACUUCCUGUAGAGAUGGUUAAAAGUGUGCCAGUCUGUAGUUGUUUAAUACAUGACAUACUUUAUCAAGGACUGUGGUCUUGUAAUGGACUGUUCACUCAGCUAGCAUAUUAGCAAGAAGGUGGUGCCUUGUAUGCUUCCGUGCAAAAAUGUUGAUUGUUGAACUUACGUCAAGAGGUUACUGUAACGGUUGUUUAUUAGAGUAGCCUGGGUAGCAGGUGCUCAGUUUAUGAGCCAAGCAAGGCUGAAUGGGGCUUGUCUGCAAAGCGAGAAACCAGUGCAGAGGGUUAGACGAGGGGAGGGCAAAGAAUAAAGCAAGUCCAGACAAUCACUCCCAGGGCAUGGCAACUUUGAGUGUGUUCUCCUGCUCAUGUAUAUUUGGUGACAUAAAAUACACACAGACUUGUCUAUGUUUCAGUGGAAAGAAUUCACAGCAGUCCACCUGGUCCCACUGGGGAAGCAGGUUUAAUAGGAGAACCAGGACCAGAGGGAGCACUGGGUGAUAAUGAAAAGAAAGGUGCAAAGAUCCAGCCUGGACCUUCGGGUGAUCAAGGGCCUCAAGGCGAUGAUGGAGACCAGGGUGCUCAAGGUGAGUGUGCGGACUUAGGAUGUGUAAGGGGUGGAGGCUUGGAGGGGGGGGUAUUCCUCCCCAUGGUCCAGGUCGUACACCUUCCAUGGACGAAUCAUACUCCUUUCACCUACCUACUUAAAUCCGAACUUUACAUCCCUUUUGAUUACUGGGGGUGGGGGGCUUAAGAAAGCUUUAUAGGCGGGGGAGUCCACUUUGAGCUCCUGGUCAUACACCUUCCACUGACAAAUCGCACCCCUUUUACAUACCUUUACUUUAGAACUUUUCAUCCCUUUUAAUUUGUUACUGUUGAUGCACUGUCUUCAAAAUUUGAAUAGAUCACAAAACCAGAAGGUUUCCUUGACGUCUUCACAGUUCAUUUGUUAGCACUUUUAGGCCUUUUACAGAUGAAAAUGACAAAUUUCCCUAUUUCAAACUUAAGGCUAAACAGGUUCGUGUUUAAAGGGGGUCUAAGUGGCAAAUUUUAGCCUAACAGUUUCUUAGUCGCAGGUUUUACUGUAAUGCUCUUACAUCUGUGAGGUGCUCAUCUUCCGGUAUUUGUUGCAGGACCCAAAGGUGAACCUGGACAAGUGGCAACUGGGGUGAAAGGUGAGAAGGGAGACCAGAGUGCAGAUGGGGAUGUGGGAGACAGAGGUCCCCAGGGAGACAAAGGAGAGAGAGGAGUGGAUGGUUCACCGGGAAGUCCUGGAGAUCCCAGUCCCUCUGUUGAAAGAGGUAAGUUUUUAUAUCACUAGAGACUUCCUUCUCUAGUGAUCUUGACUCCGGGGACUAGAAAAACUCCAAAUCUCCUACUUUUUUAAUAACUCCGAAAGUUCUCCACUAGCUCCUUACAGUGUGAUAGACUCCUUACAACUAGGUAAACCUGGUAUAAGAAAAACUAUUCUAAAUGCAUGCCUUCUGACAUAAAGGAAAUAAAACUGAAUAAAGCUUUGUAUACCUUACCAUGAGAACCGCAGACAUAUUUCCGUCAUUGUUAGAGGCAGAGAAGCGACAACUGAAAUACAUCUGUGGUUUGCAGGGUAUGUAUGCCUAGCCAAAAAAUGGAUGUAUGUUGAUCAUGCAAGAAAAUAAAACAAUGUUACAAUUAACAAAUAACAAGCAGUCCUUGAAUAUAACUAAAAUAAUGUCAUUGCUUAGGCCUCACUGUUUACGAAUAAUGUGACAAAGGUGAUGUUACACAGAACGAUUUGCAACGACGAUUUUUAGUGCAACGCAGCUUUGCAACUUUAUUUCAACAUUGUUUCGAAUGGUUGUAACAUUGUACCAACAUUUCCAGGGUGUGUUGUGCUAAAAAUUUGUUGUUGCAAAUUGUUCCAAAACGUACAUAACCAUAAUAAAUUAUUAUUGUCACAAUACGUUUCUUAUAGAACUCAUCCCCGCAAAGUGUGCAGAAGACAGCAAUGAGACACAUGGAGAGGCUCCAAGUAACAAAGGUAACGCCAUCAUUUCAUUGCUGUGACAACUCCGAUUUCAUUGUAACCCUGAUCUAAUAAAGCCGUGGGAGAAAUUUUUCCAUAUCUUUUUUUAGUGGCGACAUAGUUUUUGUUCAAACUUGGGAAGUAUUGGCCCUGAAAAACCUUAUCGAGCCACCUUAAAUCAUCAUCAAGCUCAUUAGCCUCUUGUUGUGCCUGCUACGGUCAACUGUAACUAUGGCCUAUUAACACAUUUUAAUGUGUGCAUUAUUUAAGUCUUGUUGUUGUACUGUAUUAUACCCAUGAGCCAGUCUGUGCGUCUUUUGCUAUAAGUUCCUCCAUCAUUUUACCAGCUAACAUCAUAAUAGUCAUCUUCUGAAUUCAAAAUAUCCAAAAGUAAUUUGCGGACAGUUUUUUUAAAUUUAUUCUUGAAGGGAGAUGUUGGAUGUGACAGGGUAUCUCAUUCCCCAGCUUAAUUAGCCUCAAAGAAAGAGAAAGAUUGUGUCUGUCCCAGAAAGAGAAUAAACCUGAAAGUCUGUGUUCAGUUUGAAUUACAAUUAUCCUAGAACAGUCAAGGUUUCCUGUUAAUGUAUGCAUUAUUUUGGAAUAGGUGUUUUGAAAGAUAUUGAGCCACCAAAAGAUGUUUCCUGAAUUGAAGAAAUUAUGAGAUUUUGAUGACGGUAAAAAAAUUCUAAUUGAUGAGACUUAUUUUGUGUCAAAUAGGCGAUGCUGGCUUGAAAGAAGAGGCAGGAGAAUUAGGACUCCAAGGCCCGCAGGGCCAAAAGGGCGAACCUGGAACAACAGGCACUGAUGGUCCACCUGGUCCAAACAGCGAAGCAGAUGUAAUAGGAGAACCAGGACCAGAAGGGCCACUGGGUGAUAAUGAAGAGAAAGGUGCGAAGAUCCAGCCUGGAUCUUCAGGUGAUCAAGGGCCUCCAGGCGAUGAUGGAGACCAGGGUGCUCAAGGUGAGUGUGCAGACUCGGGGCGUGGGGAGGGGGGCGCUUGGGGGGUACUCCGCCCCAUGGUCCAGGUUGUACACCUUCCAUGAACAAAUCGCACUACUUUCACCUACCUACUUUACAUAAGCUCUACUUAACAUAAGCUAACCUACCUAGUUAACAUAAGCUCUAUAGUUUCCUUUAGGCCUCCUCGCCAUUUCUUCCUACAUUUUUUUUGGCAUCUUUUUGCAAUAAUUAUUAUUGUAAUCGUGUGGCAAAUAAAGAAGUACAAAUACAAAUACUUAAAUCAGAACUUUGCAUCCCUUUUAAUUACUGUAAAUGCACUGUUUUUUUAUAAUUUGAAUAGGUCACAAAACCAGAAGGUUUCCCUGACUUCUAAACAGUUCAUUUGUUAGCCCUUUUAGGCCUUUUACAGAUCAAAAUGACAAAUUUCACUAUUUUCAAAUUUCCCUUUUUCAAACUUAAGGCUAAACAGGUUCUUGUAUAGAGGGGGUCUAAGUGGCAAAUGUUAGCCUAACUGGUUCUUAGUCAUGGGGUUUUGCUUUAAUGCUCUUACAUCUGUGAGGUGCUCAUCAUCUGGUAUUUGUUGCAGGACCCAAAGGUGAACCUGGACAAGCAGCAACUGGGGUGAAAGGUGAAAAGGGAGACCAGGCUGCAGAUGGAGAUGUUGGAGACAGAGAUCCCCAGGGAGACAAAGGAGAGAAAGGAGUGGACGGUUCACCAGAAAGUCCUGGAGAUCCCAGUCCCUCUGUUGAAAGAGGUAAGUUUUUAUAUCACUAGAGAAGACGUGGUUUAACCAAAACUAUUCUAAUGCAUGACUUCUGACUUAAAGGAAUUAUAUCUGAAUAGAGCUUUGUGUGCCUUAGCCUGUGAACCAAAGAGGUAUUUCCAGUGGUCACCUCUCUUCCUUGGAGGGAGAAAAGUGACGACUAGCAAUACUGUAGGUCUGCUGUUCACAGGCUAUGUAUGCCUAGCCAAAAACAGAUGGAUGUUGAUCAUAUGCAAUAAAAUAGAACGUAAUGUUACAAUAUUAUUAAGAAAGAAUAAUUAAGUAAUUUAUAACUAAAUGUUGUUGUUUAUGGGUGAUUGUUUAUGGAUAAUACACUGACAAAGGUGAUGUUACACAGAAUGAUUUGGAACAACGAUUUUUAGGACAACGCAGUGACAAGGCAGUGUUGCAACAUUAUUUCAACAUUGUUUUGAAUGGUUGCAACAUUGUGCCAAAUUUCCAGGCUGUGUUGUGCUAAAAGUUGUCAUUAGGAAUCGUUCCAAAACAUUACCUUCUACUAGUAUCUGUAUUUUCACAACUGCUCUUCUUAUAUUACUCACUCAGUUAUGAAGUGUUCAGAAGACAGCAGUCAGAUGCAAGGAGAGGCUGAAAGCUGAUAUUUUGUUGCUAAUCCAAUGUCAUUGUAACCCUGAUCAUAUCAAAUUUUCAUCUUUAUCUAAUACAGCUGUGUGGUCAUAAUUUUUCCAGUUAUCUUUGUUAGUGGCAGCGUAGUUUGUCUAGUUUAUGCUCAAACUUGGGAGCUCUCAGUCAGCCAAUUUUUGUACAAAGUUUAAGCCACUGAUUGUAGUAGUAAAGCUGAAUGAUACUUUUAAAUAACAAUGAGAGUUUAUGUCAUAAUUAAUGCCUUAAAGCAUUAAAUUUGCAAUGCUUUAGAACUCAUCCCUGCAAAGUGUGCAGAAGACAGCAAUGAGACACAAGGACAGGCUCCAAUGAACAAAGGUAGUGUCGUCAUUUUUAUGCUAUGUCAACUGCAAAUUAAGUCAUUUUUAGCCUUAAUACAGCUGUGGUGGAAAUCUUUUCAAGUCUUUGUUAAUGGUGACAUUGCUUUAUGCUCUAAUAUUAAUCCUGGAAAACUCUUUCGAGCCGCCUUAAAUGACUUCAUUAAUCAGUGUAGCCUCUUCUUGUGCCUGAUUUUAUUAUGGUUGUCUUUAACCAUGGCCUCGCACAUUUUGUUUUAGUUUUACAAGCUUUUCUGGGCACAGGCCUGCCUAGAGGGAAUAGGCACGAACGGGACUCACAGGUCCCAUGCAAGGUGCCAUCCCUACCCAAUCCCACAACCCGUUAAGGUUGGCCACACCACCGGGGUCUACGUCCCCUACUCUUUUCAAACAGUAGUGUGGGUUCUUUUACGUCCCACAAGAACAGAUCAGUAAAAGUGCUUUGAGACGGGACCUACGGUUUUUCGUCCUAAUCCGAGAAGACCUAGAAAGUCUAACCAUUUGCAGAUGUCAUUACGAAGGCAGCACUUUCUUCUCUUAUUUAAAGAUCCUAAGUGUUGGUCCGGCCGGGGUUUGAACCUGCGACCUCCUGCUCAGCAGACCGGCGCUCUCCCAACUGAGCUAACCAGGCGGCGGUUGUUAAUGUUAAUGUAGCCUAUAGCCUUGUUGUUGUACUGUAUUAUACUCAUGUGAGCCCGCCUGCUUGUCUUUUGUUGUAAAUUCAUCCAUCAUUUUACCGGCUAACAUCAGGGACGGAUCUAAAAUAAACACUCACCGAUUUCCUUUAAAACAAGCACCGAAAGUGCAAGCUCUUAGCGGGGUCCAGUCCGCCGCUCCUCGGGAAAUUUUUGGAAAUUUUAACUCCUUAAAGUCUCUGGGUUUUUGAGUCAUUCAAACAGGAUAUUUACUGACUGUUGAAACCAUUUUCCAGAUUUCAACUUGAAAAGUUUUUCUUUGAUUAAAAUAUAUUCAUUUUGUGAAAUCUAAUUGAUUUCCAUUAAAAGGGUGCGUGGAAUUUGAAACAGGUGCGGAUCCAGCAUUUCAGAUCUUGAGUUGAACUGUGCAUUAAGGAUAUCGAACAUUGAUGAUGAUAAACAAGUUGGAAUUGAAUGGCAAUAAAACUGAACUGUUGGUUCUCAAUGCUUUCCAUCGGCCGACGCCCACACUCAAUUCUAUUUAUGCUGGAACUGAUCAUAUCACUGCAUCAACAUCAGCAAGAAAUAUCGGUGUCUGGUUUGACAAUUUGGUGUCUGUGGAUAAACAGAUUGCUUCUAUUUGCAAAUGUGCAUAAAUAGUAUCUUAACAUCAUAGCCAAAAUAAGGAAAUUUAUAUCUUUUCAGCACUGUGAGACCCAUGUUCAUGCAUUUAUUACUUCAAAGCUACAGAUUAUGGUAAUUCCUUUUUAUCCCGGCUUUUCAAGAAUCAGACUCAGAGACUACAGUUUGUUCAGAACAGUGCUGCCGUCUCCUCAUGGGGACUAGCAAGCAUGAUAACAUAACGCCCGCACUGAGACAGUUACACUGGUUGCCAGUAGCCGAGAUAAGAAAUUUUAAUUUCUUUUGUUCUUAGCCAAAGCUAUUGACCCAGUAUGUAGUGAGCCAACAGCAGAAAUUAGGAAUCAGAAAUCAGUAAUGGUAAGUAGAUUGAGAUCCAUAAGUUGAGGGAUAUGGUGCAAUAUUAGUAUGUUAGGACAGUGAAAAAUAUGAUAUAGGAAAACUGUAGGCCUGUAAAAAAGAAAAUUUUUACGCUUGCGUGUUUCAGUUACCGAUCUAAGUGAAAAAAGGGUUGCCCGUGGUUUACCUGUUGGUUAAAAUAAUGUGAUUGCAAAUAAUGUAAGCUUGUUUUAUUUCGAUUUUUCACAGAGAACUAGACGACUGUGGUCAGCUCUUAAAUCAAGACUAAAACGAGGAAAUAAGGAAACUGGCAAAGCAAGAAAUAAGCCUUCCUUCAUCAAGCGGUGGUUUCCCUGUGUCUGUGGCAGCAAAACAAACUCCCAGUAAUUUUAAGGUAAUAACUCCACGUUCUCAUUAAUUUUUACUUUAAGUGGAACCAAAACUCUAGAGGGCGUCGCUUAGGGAGAAUCCGAAACUAGUUCAUGAUCUUGAUAAACCCGUCUUCAAUUUGCAGUUUUUUCACAUGGUGUGCCAUUUGUCUAGUAUUUUAUGAUUCCAACUUUAGAGUUUAUGGACAAAAUCCUAUGAUUUGACCAUUCAAAUGAAACCUCCUCAGUAGUACUUUGACAUGGUACUAUUUUUAUAGUAUGUAGUUCUAACUUUUAAGUCUGUGAAGGAAAUCCCAUGUGGUGACCAUUCAAAUGAAAGCUACUAAGCAGUACUUUCACGUGGUACUAUUUAUUUAGUAGGUAGUUCUAACUGUUGGGUCUGUGGAUGAACUCACUCCUAAAGUGUGACCAUUUUAAUGAAACUUUUUAAGCAGUACUUUCACCUUUUAUUAAUUUGUAAGAAUUUUAAGUUCUGAUUUACGAGUCUGUGAGAAAAUCCUAUGGUGUGACCAGCUAAAUAACUUUUGUCAUUGGAAGUGAAAUUGCUGGAGUAUUUUGUCCCUCAUGGUAGAGGAAUGCAGUGAUUAGCAUGAUUAGCCAGCUGGGUAGCUGCUCUUAGCUGGAGUGGUGUUAAAAAUGGAGAGGAGUCCCAAGAUCUUAUUUCUCUAGCUUUGUUUGUUACUUCUGGGAUUAUUGAUAUUUUCAGAUCCAUGUUAUUUUCGCCAGGGUGUCUGUGAAAACUAGCAACUAAAAAUAUUUAGCACUAAGUAAGCUUCAUGUUGUAUUCUCGCAGGAUAAUGUUGAACUUAGCGACAGGUAAAGUUACGCUUGUCACUCAACUCAGUGGAGAGGCUGGACCUUCAGGCUGUCUAGGAAGACAAGGAUCAGGCUCCCAUUUUUUCAAGCUAUGAACUAGGAGCUCGUACCAUGAACCCUGUUUUCAGGUAAAGAAAUUCAGCAAGGGAGCUUAAGCCACCUACUCGGGUCCCAACCACGACACCGAUGGCAGCGACAAUGUCACAAUAAUUGAUUCGCGCUGUUUCCAACUUCAUCACUAUCAUUUCACGUCCUUAAAUUUGUCAAAUGUUGAUUGAUCAUUCUUUUUUGGAGUAGAAUUCGCAAGGACUGUAUCCAAGUUGGAAAAAAGAAAGAGAAAUUGUUGCCUUAUGACCACAUCGUUCAAAAACGUGAAAUUGAGAAGUUUCGCGUCGUAGUGGUGCAAUGAUAGCAACAAAAUGAAGCCAAAAGUACGAUGAUGUACGUGCAAGGUUUUUGUUGUGUUCUCUUAAUUUAACCUAUUGCUUUCUUUCUUUUAGUUGCUUGCGCAUACGAAUUGGUGCGGACAGUUUUUAUCUGUUUAUUGUCCAAUGAGAAACUGUCAACUUGAGUGAGAGGUUUGCUGUUUGCCGUACAUGAGAGUCUUAAGGCUUAGUUCAUGGGUCACGUAGUUCUUCCUUGCCGAGCUUCAGAAGCUUGACAAAAGGACAAGUUCAAUUCAGAUGUCAAAAUGAAGCUGAAUUGUGUAUGUAGUAUGAAAGUCAGAAAUAAAAUAUGAAACACAUUUCCGAAAAUACAGUUCCAAAAUUAUGAAUUUAGAUCUGGACACAGGAUACUUUAUGAUGUUUAAUAUGGUCGGAGGUUUGAAUCACUGCCACAUCAGAGGUGUGUAGCAUGGCAGAGUCGAGCUUGUCGAACUUUGUUGAACAGCUGGUUAGGACUUAAAGAUAUUUCCAGCAAGAACAAUUUUCCAUCUGUCCCGAGUUGAACUGAAUUGAAAAGUAUGAUUAAUGAGCCCUGCUUCUUCUGUGCUUUUGUCCAAUUUCGUUCAGCAACCCAGAAGCACGACUUAUGAACAGGACCUAAAACUUUUCAUUGACGCUAUUCCCAAUACAUGCGGCACGUCCUGCCUUCAUUACUACUGAUGUUAUAUUUAACUCAUUACAUUUUUUCUUCCGAUGAUUGUAGGAACAAUUUUUUGUUUUAAUCAACAGUCUUUUCUUUGCCCAACAGCUGCCUCAGGAAUGAUAUAGGCACAAAAACAGCCAAUGAUGUUUUUUAAAAAAGCUCAUAAUCAAGGAAAAACUGACAAGAAGAAGCUCUUCCUAAAGAAACGAG